AUGAGUUCAAACUAUCUCAUACUACCAGGUCCAAAGGCCUUAUCCAAAUUUAGAGUUGCAAACUUAAUACUGGAAGUGGAAAAUAAAACAGGAAAUAAAGUUGAAGUAGCUACUCAAUAUACUCAUUAUGUUUCUUUAAAAAAGCCAUUAAAUGAAAAACAAUUGGAAUUGUUGAAAAUCCUACUUACUUAUGACGAUCCCAUAGACCCGAAUGAUCAGUUGAGUCAAGAAUUAGAACAGUUAUCUACUGGAUCAAAACAAAGCUCUGAAUUUAUUCAAAUCAUACCAAGACCAGGUACAAUUUCUCCAUGGUCUUCAAAAGCUACAGACAUUGCACGAAUUUGUGGAUUAGGUGAUUUCAUUGAAAGAAUUGAAAGAGGAUUGUCGUUAUUAAUAAAGGGAGCAAAAGUUGAUGGAGAAUCUUUAACAUCAGUAUAUGAUAGAAUGACUCAAAAGAUAUACUAUGAAGUUCCAAAAUACGAUGAAUUAUUUGCUCAUCAUGAUCCAAAACCUUUAGUUACGGUUGAUAUAAAUGAUUUAAAAGUUGCAAACAAAGAAUUAGGAUUAGCGUUGGAUAAAGGAGAAAUUGACUAUUUAACAAAUGCUUUCAAUAAUGUUAUUGGUCGUAAUCCUACUGAUGUUGAAUUAUUUAUGUUUGCACAAGUUAAUUCAGAACAUUGUCGUCAUAAAAUAUUUAAUGCUGAUUGGACUAUUGAUGAUCAACCAAAGGAAAUGUCUUUGUUUAAAAUGAUUAGAAAUACACAUGAAAAGAAUCCGAACUUUACAAUUUCGGCAUAUUCAGACAAUGCGGCUGUAUUUGAAGGACCACAAGGUUAUUUAUUCACACCCGAUUUUAAAACAAAACAAUGGAAGUCAAUAAAGGAAUCAGUACAUACUUUAGUUAAAGUAGAAACACACAAUCAUCCAACUGCAGUGUCUCCGUUCGCAGGUGCUGCAACAGGUUCUGGAGGUGAGAUUAGAGACGAAGGUGCAGUUGGAAGAGGUUCAAAAUCAAAAGCUGGUUUAUCUGGUUUUUCAGUUUCUGACUUGAAUAUUCCAACCUUAAAACAACCAUGGGAAAGAGAUGUUGGUAAACCAAAUCAUAUUGCAAGCUCAUUAGAUAUAAUGAUUGAAGCACCUAUUGGUUCAGCCGCAUUCAAUAAUGAAUUUGGUAGACCAGCUAUAAAUGGUUAUUUUAGAACUUUAACUACGGAAGUUGAAAAUAGUAAAGGGGAAACUGAAAUUAGAGGUUUCCAUAAACCAAUUAUGUUAGCUGGUGGUAUGGGUGCUAUAAGACCAGAUUUAGCUUUGAAAAACAAAAAAAUUACUCCAGGAGCAAAAUUAAUUGUUUUAGGUGGACAGUCUAUGUUAAUUGGAUUAGGUGGUGGUGCUGCUUCAUCAAUAAGUUCUGGUGAAGGAUCAGCAGAUUUGGAUUUUGCUUCCGUUCAAAGGGGUAAUCCAGAAAUUCAAAGAAGAGCACAACAAGUAAUUGAUGCUUGUGUUUCAUUAGGUGGUGAAGGAAAUCCAAUUCAAUCAAUUCAUGACGUUGGAGCUGGAGGUUUGAGUAAUGCAUUACCUGAAUUAGUCCAUGAUAAUGACUUAGGUGCAAAAUUUGAAUUAAGAUCUAUACUAUCAUUAGAGCCAGGUAUGUCACCUAUGGAAAUUUGGUGUAAUGAAUCACAAGAAAGAUACGUUCUUGGUGUUGCACCAGAAGAUUUAGAAAUGUUUGCCGAAAUAUGUAAUCGUGAAAGAGCUCCAUUUGCAGUUGUCGGUGAAGCAACCGAAGAGCAAAGAUUGAUUUUAACUGAUUCUUUAUUAAAAUCUACUCCAAUAGAUUUAGAUAUGUCUGUUUUAUUUGGAAAACCUCCGAAAAUGUCAAGAGUUGCUAAGACUGAUGAUUUGACAUUAAACAAAUUUGAUACCCAAAAUUUGGAUUUGAAUGAGUCAAUUGAUAGAGUGUUACAAUUACCUUCGGUUGGAUCUAAGUCAUUCCUUAUUACCAUUGGUGAUAGAUUCAUUACUGGAUUGGUUGAUCGUGAUCAAAUGGUCGGACCAUGGCAAGUUCCAGUUGCUGAUGUUGGUGUGACAAAUACUUCAUUAGGUGAAACUAUAUUAAAAGCUGGGGAAGCUAUGGCAAUGGGUGAGAAACCUACAUUAGCUUUGAUAUCAGCUAGUGCAUCAGCAAAGAUGUCUGUAGCUGAAUCGCUUUUAAAUAUUUUUGCUGCUGACAUUUCAUCUUUAGAACAAGUUAAAUUAUCAGCUAAUUGGAUGUCUGCUGCUUCUCACCCAGGUGAAGGAUCAAAACUUUAUGAGGCGGUUCAAGCUAUUGGUAUGGAUUUAUGUCCUGAUUUGGGUAUAUCGAUUCCAGUUGGUAAAGAUUCGAUGUCUAUGAAGAUGAAAUGGGAUGAUAAAGAAGUCACUGCUCCUUUAGCCUUAACAAUUACGUCAUUUGCUCCAGUUGAUGAUACCUCAAAAACAUGGACACCUCAAUUACAACCAAUUAAAGAUACUGUUCUAGUGCUAGUUGAUUUGGCUGCCAAAAAUAAAAAAUCACUUGGAGGUUCAGCUUUGGCUCAAGUGUACAAACAAGUAGGUGAUUCAGCCCCAACUGUUCAUUCAAAUGCCGUUUUAAAAUCAUUCUUACAAACAUUGGUUGUAUUACAUAAACAAUUUCCGGUAUAUGCUUAUCAUGAUAGAUCAGAAGGUGGGCUUUUAACUACUGUUCUAGAAAUGGCAUUUGCAGGUAGAUGUGGAUUAGAUAUAGCUUUGAGUGGAGAAGAAGAUAAAUUCACAGAACUAUUCAAUGAAGAGUUAGGUGCUGUUUUUCAAAUCAAAUUACAUGAUUUAAUUAAAUUCAAAGAAAUUUUUAACGAAAACAAUAUUGAUAAUGAAUUUAUCAAAGUCAUAGGAAAACCAACUUUUGGUGAUCAAUCGAUCAAUAUAUCAUAUAAUGGUGCACCAAUAUAUGCAAAUACAAGAGGUCACUUACAAACAUUAUGGUCCAAUACUUCUUAUCAUAUACAAAAAAUGAGAGAUAAUCCAGUAACUUCACAACAAGAAUAUGAAUCAAUAUUGGAUGAUAAAGAUCCAGGUAUAACUUAUCAAAUAACAUACAAACCAAAUGAAUUUAAAACUUACAAAAAUAAACCAAAAGUUGCUAUAUUACGUGAACAAGGUGUAAAUUCUCAACAAGAAAUGGCUUGGUGUUUCCAACAAGCUGGAUUUGAUGUAUAUGAUGUGACGAUGUCUGAUAUAUUAGGAGGAAGAGUUACAUUAGAUGAAUUUGUUGGAUUAGCUGCAUGUGGUGGGUUCUCUUAUGGUGAUGUAUUAGGUGCUGGUGCUGGUUGGGCAAAAUCUGUUUUAUUUAAUGAAAAAGCAAGAAUUGAAUUCCAAAAAUUUUUCCAAGAAAGAGAUGAUACUUUUGCAUUUGGUGCUUGUAAUGGUUGUCAAUUUUUCAGUAGAAUUGCUGAGUUGAUUCCAGGUACUGAUCAUUGGCCAACAUUUGAACGUAAUUUUUCAGAACAAUAUGAAGCUAGAUUUGUAAUGGUUGAAGUUGAUGAUAAACCUAAUAAUAAUUCAAUAUUUUUACAAAGUAUGAAAGGUUCAAAAUUACCAAUUGCUGUAGCACAUGGAGAAGGUAGAGCUCAAUUUAAAACAAAAGAAGAUGAAAAAGAAUUUGAUUUGGAUGUUAUACAUUUUGUUGAUAAUUAUGGAAAUCCAACUCAAACUUAUCCAUUCAAUCCUAAUGGUUCACCAAGAGGUAUUGCUGGUAUUACUUCUAAGAACGGUAGAGUUUUAGCAAUGAUGCCUCAUCCUGAAAGAGUUUGUCGUAAAGAAAGUAAUUCAUGGUACCCAUUAACAGAAAGUGAAGAUUGGAAAGGAUAUGGUCCAUGGAUAGAGUUGUUUAAAUCUGCAAGAGAAUGGGUUGGUGAUGUAUAA